AUGCCUUAUACCCUUUUUACAACUAUGGCUAUUGAUGAUGAGAAUAUUUUUGAUAUUAGUGACCUACGGAUGCUUAAUGAUUUUGAUUGGACAGGCAGUGAACUUUGUGUUCCUCAGGAUCCAAUUGAGUGUAUUCCCUCUUUUCCUGAUUUUUAUUAUGGCCUCAUAUCAUCCAACGAGUUGAAUUUGUUGGAAGAUGUUGAAAAAUAUUUUUUCCGAAAUUCUGAAGAGGAGAAGCAAACUACAUUAAACGAUUGCAAACUUGGCAUUACUAAUAAGAAGCCGCGAAGUAAACGAACUUCGAAGCAGUGUGCAUGGUCAAUGAAGGAGUUUAUGUUUCCGGCAAUAGAAAAUCAUCCUGAAAUGAGUUUGGUACAUUUUUCAAAAAGGAGAUGUACGCAUUGUGGAAUGGAUAGCACCCCACAAUGGAGGAUUGGUCCAUUGGGUCCGAAGACACUGUGUAACGCUUGUGGUGUAAGGUACAAGACUGGAAGGCUGGUGCCGGAGUAUCGGCCGGCUGCCAGCCCUAGUUUUGAUGAGAAAAGGCAUUCAAAUUUUCCUAAGCAGAUAUUGAAAAAGAGGGCCAAUUUGAACUGA